GGGCUCGGGCAGCGGGAGCUGGAGGGUUCCGCCGGACCGCGAGGAGCCGCUUCGGGUUGGCUACUCCUCUGACAGGAUUUGUCGCCCCGGGCGUUCCUCACGUCCUCCGUGCGGGCGCCGCGCUCCGGACCGCGCACUGGCUGUGCGUUCUCACCGGAGACUUUUCCCCCUCUCCUCUCCCACGGGGUGCUCUGCAGACGUCCAGGCAUUAGGAGCGACGGCCUGUGGGUGUCGUGGUAGUUUCGUACUUGCUAGAUGGCUAGCAGGUGGCCCCCUAGAAGCAAUGAGACUAGAAAGGAGACUGCAUUAAAUCUCAAUAAUGGGAAGAACCUACAUUGUAGAAGAGACUGUUGGCCAGUAUCUUUCAAACAUCAGUCUUCAAGGAAAGGCUUUUGUCUCUGGGCUUUUAAUAGGACAGUGUUCUUCCCAAAAGGAUUAUGUGAUUCUUGCCUCAAGAACGCCACCCAAAGAAGAACAGAAUGAGAAUCUCAAACAUCCCAAAGCUCAGCUGGAUAACGUGGAUGAAGAAUGGACCACAGAACAUGCCAACCAGGUGUCCAGAAUGCUACCAGGGGGACUUGUAGUUCUUGGAGUUUUUAUUAUUACAACUUUAGAACUGGCAAAUGAUUUUCAAAAUGCCCUGCGCAGACUCGUAUUUGCUGUGGAAAAGUCUGUGUGUAGAAAGAGACUGUGGAAUUUCACAGAAGAGGAGGUCUCAGAACGAGUAGCCCUGCACAUUUGCUCUUCUACAAAAAAAAUAGUUUGUCGAACUUACGAUGUCCACGAUCCAAAGAGUUCAGCAAGGCCUGCAGAUUGGAAGUAUCAAAAUGGACUGUCAGCCUCCUGGCUUUCCUUGGAGGGUACUGUUCACAUUAAUAUUCACAUCCCACUUUCUACCACUUCUAUCAGUUACACUCUGGAGAAAAAUACGAAGAAUGGACUCACACGCUGGGCCAAGCAAAUAGAAAAUGGAGUAUAUUUGAUAAAUGGACAAGUGAAAGAUGAAGAUUGUGACCUAUUAGAAGGACAGAAAAAGUCAUCUAGAGGAAAUACCCAAGCAUCUGGUCAUUCUUUUGAUGUCAGAGUGCUAACACAGCUGCUGCUGAGUUCAGACCACAGAUCUACGGCCACAGUCCAGAUCUGCAGUGGUUCUGUAAACCUGAAGGGUGCGGUUAAGUGCAGAGCUUACCUUCACAGCAGUAAGCCCAAGGUUAAAGAUGCUGUGCAGGCAGUGAAGAGAGAUAUAUUGAACACAGUUGCCGAUCGUUGUGAAAUACUGUUUGAAGAUCUGCUUUUGAAUGAAAUGCCAGAAAAAAAAGAUUCUGAAAAAGAAUUCCACAUCCUCCCUCAUCGAGUUUUUGUCCCCAUUCCUGGGUCUGCUGUAAUGUUAUGUGAUUAUAAAUUUGGUGAUGAAUCAGCUGAGGAAAUCAGAGAUCAUUUUAUAGAGAUGUUAGAUCAUAUGAUUAAAAUAGAAGAUUUGGAAAUUGCAGAGGAUAUAAACACAGCUUGUGUGAGUUCUGUGAAUAAUGAAGCCUUAAUGGACAACAUGGAUGAAAAGCAGCCAAAACAGCCAAUUAAGAGUACAAUAUUGAAAAUUCAGCAAAACAUAGGUGUGAUCGCCGCAUUUGCAGUUGCAGUUCUUGCUGCUGGUAUCUCCUUUCAUUACUUCAGUGAUUAGGGUGAGGCACAAAGAGCUUCCUGACCAUCCAGAGAACACUGACCAACAGUAAUGAAUAAUAAAGAUAUAAACAGUUCAUCUGCAUUUAAUACAGAAACAGUCUGAUCUGCCAUAAUGCCUAUUAGGUGUGUUUCAGACUAAAAUUAAGUCACUAAUUGCCCCAUUUAGCUCUGCUUAUAUUAUAGGUGGCCCAGGUUUCCAUAAAAAUAAAGUUAUGCAUCCAGAUGGAGAUUCCAUGUAACAAAUCAUUUUAAAAAGAUUCAAAAUAAUACAAUAUUAUUGUAGAUUUUAGUCCUGUGGAUCUGGAUCAUACAUUGAUCAAGAUGUUAAAAAUUUGAGCAGUGAGGGUUGAUUACAGUAUCUUAGUAACAGGACAUCAGGAGAAAUUUCUACCAACUUAUGGGUAAGUUCAUCCUCUAAGAUCUUUCUAAUUUAUACUAGUCCAGUAUACUGUGUAUUUUAUUCUGACUGAGGAGUAAGAAACCUUUCUAGAGAGGUUUGAAUCCAUAAAAAAAUGCCAAAAUCAUAUGCUUCUCAGGUUAGUGUGUCAUAGCUAUUUUAAUCUGCUACCUAAGACUUUUGCUUCCAACUGUGUGUUAGACCAGACACUGUAAAAGAACUAAAUCCUGGGUAAAGUCUAUUUUUGAAUAGGCGCUAAGGAAGUAGGAGAGAUCUUCAAGCCUACACCACCAUCUUCUCCCCCUAGAAAAAUGAACCUAUUUCAAGUUGAGAAUCACUGAAUAUUAUAUCAAGCAUCCAAGUUUCUCAGAUGGCUAAUACCAGUGGCAGUGCCCUGUAUGCACUGUACUUUGGGGCUGAUGUGGUGGUGAAGCAGAUCAAGCCACUGUUUGCAAUGUUGCAUCCCAUAUCAAAGUGCUAGUUUGAGUUCCAAGUACAAUGCCUCUGAACCAGCUUCCUGCUAAUGUGCCUGAGGAGGCAAUGGAGGAUGUCCCAAGAACUUGGGUCCUACCACCCAAGUGGGAGACCAGGAUGGAUUCCCUGGCUCUUGGCUUUGACUUGACUCAGACCUGGCUGUUGUGGCCAUUUGGGGAGUGAACCCAGUGGAUGAAGACAGCUCUUUCUAUUGCUCUAUUGCUUUCUAUUGCUUUCGGUUGUUCUGCCUUUCAAAUAAAUAGAUUAAUAAAUCUUUAAAAAAAUAAAAUGCACUGCACCUCAAGCCAAAACAAGGAGAGAGAACUGAAUCUGAGAUGCUGUUCUGGCUGGGACACUUGAAGUUAAAUAACUUCAGAGUGUAGUUCUGUAUCACUGCUGGUGGAAAGAAACGGGAAGCAUUCCUGACCUAGACCCAAGAUUCUCAUGUUGUGAUCAAGCAGUAUUAUGUCAUGACUAAAAACUUUCAACACAAGUUGAAAGAACCUGUUUAAAAAAAACCAACAAAACACUGAAUUCAGUUUUCUAAGGUCUCAUCACCAGUGUAAAAAGUGAGAGAUGGAACUGCAUUGGGCAGAUCUGCAAAAGAACCAGCUGAAACUCCUAGCUGUUCAGAAUAUCUUUAUUGAAAUCAGAAAAAGGAAACUAUCAAACAUGUUGACUAAAAUAUUAGACUCAGCUGAAGAGACUGUGACAUGGAAGCUGUAUCUAAAGAAGUUUUCCAUUGAGCAGCAAGGAGAUGCAAGGAUCUAGAAAAUACUAGAAAGUUCAGAAAGGUGAAGAACUAUAAAAGCUGAGGAGGGCUUGGGGCAGAGAGUGGAGGAGAGGCAGUAUGUGAAGAGAUGACAGAAGUUUUGCAUUUAUUUGAAAAUCAUGAAUUCAUAAAUUCAGAAAGCAUAGUAUAUCCCAAACAUUUAAGUAAAAUCCAUGCUGAGACCAGAUGUAGUGCAUUGCAGUAACAAACUUUUACAGAGCAACCAAAGGGAGAAAAAAAAAAAAAAGACUAUUGAAGGCAAGAUAAUGAAAUAGGCUUCUUAGUAGCAACAGUGUACCCAAAAGGUAAUAGAAUUUAUCCUCAGAAUUCUGAGAUAAACUAAUUAGCUUGAGAAUUUGCACCAAGUAAAACUGAAAUGAACAUGUUCAGGUGAAAAACAGGUUUAACUGUGGAGAGACCACUGGAAACUACAAAAGAGUGAUGUUCAAGGAGAAAAAUGGAGGUGUUUGGUGGAUGGUUAAGACGCUGCUGGGGAAGCUCAGAUUCUACAUCAGAGUGCCUGGGUAGGAGCCCUGGCUCCACUCGCAAUUCCAAGUUCCUUCUAAUGCAUACUGAAUGCAGUAGGUGGUGACUUAAGUAUUUGGGUGUCUUCCACCCAUGAGGGAGACCUGGAUUGUUUUUGGUUCUCAGGUUUGGCAUGACCCAGCCCUGGAUGUUGUGGACAUCUGGGGAGUGAACCAGUGGAUGAGAGAUGUACUCUCUCUCUGUUGCUGCCUUUCAAAAGGAAAAAUAAAAAGGUUUAGAAAAACAACUCCAAGAGGAUUAUAUGAAAUUGAAGACCUAAUGAGCUGGCGUGGAAGUUUGGUGCAGCAGUUAAGGAACCACUUUCAAUGCCACAUCCCAUUUCAGAGUGCCUGGGUUCCUGUCAUGGCUGCACUUCCAAUUCCAGCUUCCUGUUAAUGUGCACCCUUGGAGGCAGCAGGUUGAUGGCCCAAAUACAAAGUUUCCUGCCACCCAUGUGGGAGACCCAGAUUGAGUUCCAGGCUCCUGGUCUAUUCCUGGCUGUUAUGGGCAUUGGGGGAAUGAAAAAGCAGAUGGAAGAUAACCUGUCUCUGUUACUUAUCUUUCUUUCAAAUAAAUAAAAUGUUUUUAAUAAAAUUAAUGAACAAAUAAA